AUGGCCCUGUCGUGCGUCCUGGCGCGGCCCAUCCGAUCCGAUUCCGACGCCGUGCCGAUGCGGCCCGAUCCGACUUACGUUCUGCUCCGAUCCGUUCUUCCCGAUUCGGUGCUGGCCGAUCCUGCACGGCCAGCCCCCGGGCGCGCCGCCGGAGAGGCGUCGGCGGUGGCGGGCCUCACGCGCCCGGCGCUCACGAAGUUCUGGGCCGCGGGCCUGAGCUUCAGCAAGUGCCACGCGGAGCGGGACGUGCCCGCCGACCCGAACCUGAUGCACAUCUUCACCGGGGAG